CGAGAGAAUCUUGCGUAGUUACGUUAGCCUGUUUUACGAUCAAUGCGGACGAUACUUUAUCAAACCAACGCCUGGGAAACCUUUGUGAACUGAACUUACUACAAACCCAAUGAGCACAUUGAUUAAAAAUGGAAUUCCUCAUCCCAAAUUCGGUAGUGGCGAAAUAAUCCCAACGACCUCCCAGCUUAUUUCAGACUCUGGCCAGGACUAUUGCAAAGACUCAUUACAUAGCUCAGAAGACAGCCUUGAUAGCUGUGAAGAAAAAAAUUCCUUUCAGCAAAGCAGUGGCAUUAAAAAGAAAAUCAAAUUAAAAGUUAGAAGCAUCUCAGAUUCUACUGAUGAAGAGGCUGGAUCAUGUUACUUCUCUUACAAAAGUAUUUUGAAGUAUCAGAACAAUAGGCUAAGAAGCCUCUCUGAAUCAUGUGCAGAAAACUACAGUAACAGUUUUUCAAAUAAUGGUGAAUCAAAUUCAGCCCUUGAUGAUUGGUGUGAAGAGGAGGAGGUGGAUGAUGAUGGAGAAGGUGAGAGUCAGAAAGUGAAGAAAACUGUUAGGUUCAGCAAUGUGGUGCACAAGCAACUUUUCAGAUCAAAUUCGAGUAUUCUUGGCCAGCGCAAGAAAAAUCAACGCAAGUCGCGCAACAAAGCCAAGAAACACAACAGUAAUGUUGAUAACCCGCCAAUGAGCUCAAGCGCUGAAUCCGACCACGCAAUUCCAUGUGAUGUCGAGCUUUCAGAUGCGAUGGAAUCCGCCACUUUAUGCGACAGUGGCAUCGAUGUCGAAGAUUCGGAUCCAGGCAUGGUCCAACAGCAUGGUCCAAACUUUGCUACAAAAAAGAACAAGAAGAAGAAUCACGGCAAAACGAAUCGUCGCCGCGCCAAUAGUGAAUCUUCUACUAAUGAUUUAAUUUUCGACCUUGAUCUCUAAGAAAAAGAAAAAUCACUUUGAUUUUUCUUCUGCAGGGAAGGGUUACAUUUACAAUAAGUAGUUUAUAGCACGUCUUUUUUUCUACUUUUUUGUUAUAACCUAGUAUCUGUUAGUGCAAAAUUUCUACUACUUUUUUUAAACUUAAAUGUAUUAGCUGUGUAUCUUAAUGUAUCAAUACAUGGGAUCAUGUUUUCCAAAGAAA